GGAAAUUACCUUGUUUGAAUGAUCCUCUGGCUGCCACUGUUGCGGCACUAUACUACCACCCAAGGCCCCAUUUACAAUCACCCCCCCUUCCCCUUCCGUGGUGCUGCGCCGUGUCGUCGUGGGCGUGCGACGUUGGGUCCAGCUCACACGACACACCACACUCGACUCGACCACAGACGCCGACAACGAUACCACACGCGGCCAGACAUCCCCAGCAGCGCCGCUACCGACCUCUCAGCCCAAGCCCGAGCCCAGGACAGGGCACGACAGGCCACGCCAGGCACUCACUAGCUCAUCCGUGCCUCCAUCGUCGACGCGACCGCCGUGUGCGCACGCGAGACCCAAUGGUCCACGCCUGUCCGCCGUCCCCUUCCUCGCCCUGACCCCAUCCAUCUUGCCCACUCCUCCGCCCGUCCGUCCAUCCAUGGCUGGCGCACCGCCCGCCUGCUCCCGGCUCCCCGUGCAAGUAACAUCCCAUCCCCCAUCCCAUCCCAUCCACCUUUCGGCUCGACCUAGUUACUAGCUGGGCGGGCGGCCCGUCUCCUCGUCGUCGUCGCCGGCGCCUGUCUGUCUCUCCCUGCCCGGCCCAGCCAGCCCAGCCUAUACGACCAGAUCCGCCGUCCCUUUCUGCUGCCCACUUGCGCAGCCUCUUCAACGACACGCUCACUCGGCAUCGCCUUGCCCCAUCUUGCCCUGUCUUCAGCCAAGGUUUCAUCCCAGGGCUCUUUUCUCUGACGCGCUCGUAUAGCCUCGCCCCCCCAGCGUUGUCUGUCCAGUACGAGAGUACCCCAGGGUGCCUGUCGAUCGGCCCAUCGUCUCUUCUCGAUCCAACCGCGCACGACACACGCUCACAUCCCUGCACAAGCGCGGCCUGCAUUCUUCUCUUGUUGUUCUCUGUUGAUUCCUCGAGCACACCAUACUUAUGUCACCUUGGUUCCUCUACACCAUAUGACCAUCCUCACCUGCUAUACCGCCGCGGCCCUAUUUUACACUCGUUCUCUCCCCCAUUAUCUGACCCGCUAUCCCCCUCAUCACCCCCAUAGCCUACCACAUCGCACGGCCUCCCUACCCCGGAUCACACCUUGCAUUUAAUAUACGGAUCGCCUCUCUCCUCCUCCUCCUUCUUCGCCUCCUCCCCUCCAAGUCUCCGCCACCUUCGCCCAUGUUAUGCUCGUAUCCGCCUGCGCAAUGACGACCUUUCGAAAAGCCUUCAUUGCCGCCAUCGUCAAGAGCCUGCUGCGAGGCAAAUCUCUGAUACAGGCCAUUCUUUCCUACUGGAUCAAGCCGCUGGGCGCCAACGCCUCCGCCUCCAAGCGCAACAAGGCAUCCAAGAGCCUCCAGGAAUUCCUGAAGGAGGCCGAAGCAGCUCUGCUCGGCCCUGUCAGCGGAGAUGGCCUGCUGCAACUAUCCGCGGGCUUGAAAGCCCAGUUCUUCGAGCGUCUGCAGACCGACCUGGAGUGCAUGCUGCCUUCAUACAGCCACCAGCUGCCCACCGGAGGCGAAGCUGGCCAGUACCUCGCUCUCGACGUCGGUGGAUCAACUCUCCGAGUCGCCUUGGUUGAGCUGCGAGGACGCGAAGCCGAGGAAGGAAAGCAGAGCGAGAUCGUCAGCAUGCGCAACUUCAAAAUCGGAAAGCCCAUCAAGGACCUGGAGGGCAUGGCAUUCUUCGACUGGAUGGGCGAACGGAUACAAGAAGUUGUGUCAGCUGGUCUCAACCGGGGCCACAGCCUGGAGAAGCCCUUGCCCGUCGCCCUGGCGUGGAGUUUCCCCAUCGAGCAAACGUCGCUUGGCGGCGGCAAGCUCCAGAGAAUGGGCAAGGCGUUUUUGGCGGAUAAAGGCCUGUUGGGUGAGGAUCUGGGCGAGAUCGUGAAGCAGGCAUGCAAGAAGCAAGGCCUCGACGUCGAGUUGGGUGUGAUCCUCAAUGACUCGAGCGCCUGUCUCCUGUCCCGAGCGUACUCGUAUACGUCGACUCGAUUCGGCCUGAUUCUCGGCACUGGCGUCAACAUGGCCGCCUACCUCCCCGUCAUGACCAUCGGCCGACCAAAGUUUGGCUCCCGCCCUAUCGGAUGGUUCAGCCAGGCCAGCCAUGUCAUUGUCAACACCGAGCUGGGCAUGUUUGGGCACAACAUCCUGCCCAUGACGCGUUGGGACCACACGCUUACCCGGGAGCACCCACGACCCGACUUCCAGCCUCUGGAGCACGAGGUCAGCGGUAUGUAUCUUGGAGAGAUCGCUCGCCUGGCUCUGCUUGAAGCUAUCGAGACCACGGGCAUGCUCGGGGGCAUGGUGCCGCCGUCUCUGAAGGCAUCCUACUCGCUCGGAACCGACACGCUCUCCAUGAUUGAGAGCGAUACUACCCCUGAGCUCACAGAAGCCAUCAAGAUUUUCUCUGAGCGACAUCCCUCAUCUCACGCCCCCACAACAUCAGACAUGCUAGCCAUCAAGGCCAUCGCCUCGUUCAUUUCAGUACGAUCCGCCGCCAUUGUGGCUACGUGCGUCUUCACGUUAUGGGACUGCCGAGUAGAGGCCGAGGCCGCCUACAUUUCCACUUUGCCCGAGUCCUCGCCUGAGCGGCUCAGGGCGGAGGCGGACAUGAAACUCGAAAAGACAACUGUUGCAUUUAACGGAAGCGUCAUUGAAAACUACCCGAAGUACCUUGCCACGUGCCAACGGUACAUCGACGAGCUGGUCGAGAGCAAGGGGCUGGCUGAACCGCGCAGCAUCCAGCUCGUCCCCGCCAAGGAGAGCUCGCUAAUGGGCGCGGCCGUCGCGCUAGCCUGCGUCGAGCACGAUCUUUGAGGGAGUGGACUUCUUUUUCGUGCGAGGCACGUUGGCGCUGGAGCGCUUGCUAUGAUACCUUGAAUCGCGUUGCCAUCUUAUCAUCGGGGAUCACUGGUCAUGCGGCAGAAAAGUUUCGCAUACCAUAGAGGCGUCGGGCAGCAUUGAUUUCUUCUUUUCCUUUCGAUUGUUUGGCGCACGAUGAGUCGCUUUUUGGCGACACAUAUAAUCAGCAAUCUGGGCCAUGGCCGAGGACAUGGUUGGAGAUUUUUUCAUUGCACCGACUGGGUGGCACAAGUGCUUCGGUGCAGCCGCUACAUGACGAACGGGGAUACCAUGAGAGCAGUAUGAGGGACAUGUUUGUCCAAAGGUAGAUAUAGGAUUGGAGCAGGUUUGGAUUCAAUCCGGUAACUCAUCUUAGAAGUGAAGCUCGUUCAAUGAUGUGAGAUGCAAGGAAAGGGAG